UUUUUUUUUUUUUUUUUUUUUUUUUUUUUUUUCAUUUUCUUGGGUACUUGAAUUUAUCUGCAUUUUUUUUCCCCUUAUAGCUGCUCUAAACAUGUUAUACCCAAGAUUUUGACAUGGGGUUAUGUAGAAAUAUGUUAUAAUUACUGGUGAUAAGGAUAGUGUGGAAUAACCUGUAAAGUUGUUUGCUGUGUGACGAGGAGCAGGGGUUCAAGCUGUCGUAACAGCCUCUUGCAAAAUAUAAGGUAAGACUGUGUAUAAUAGAACGUAGAUGUAUUCUUGAAAACAGAAAGGUAGUUGAAAGGGAGUGUGGAGUAACCGGUAAAGUUGUUGCUAUGUGACUAAGAUCAGCAAGCUGUCAAAACAGUCUCUUGCAGAAUGUAAGGAUUUAGAAGUUUUUGGAAAAGCAUACUCCGUAUAGGGAGGAGAUGGAACGCGAGAACAAGGCAUGUGAUGGGUGCAAGAACGAUUGCCGGUUGAUACAUGGAAAAGGGGUUCUUUCUUUCUUUAAAGUAAUGAUUGACAAAAGUUUCUUAAAAGUUCUGUAUUUUCCCCCAAAGUUUGCUCGAUCAGUUUCACACCUGACUGAUCAGAAGACUUAUCUGGAGGACUCAAGUGGACGGCGAUGGAUGGUAAGAGUGUGUAAGCAUGAUGGUUCACUUGCAAUCAAACAGGGGUGGCCUGAAUUUUCAUCAGAACAUGGUCUGAAAGUGGGCGAGUUCUUGGUUUUCCACUAUGUUCUGGGCAAGCACUUCAUUGUUCAAAUAUUUGGAACGAGCGCUUGUGAGAAAAUCAAGUUCUGCAGUGACAUUGGCAAAGGAAGAAAAAGAGCAAGAGCUUACCCGGAAGCAACUAACCCCGUUGAGCUGCUUCAAACAACUGCCAUAGAUUCAGUCAAGAAAAAGAGUAAAUUAUCUGCUGCAUUAGAGUCUGAAAAGGCCACAUACAAGCCAAAUAUUGCCAGUUUUGCAGGAAACGUCGAUACUGACACUGAGAAGGGGCGGUUAGUGCAUUCAGCUAUACACGUGGAUGAAUCAUUUCGUGUGAUUGAUAGAAAUGCUCAAUAUGAUCAAACAACUACCGUAGGUUCAGUCAAGAAAAAGAGUAAAUUAUCUGCUGCAUUAGAGUCCGAAAUGGUCACGAACAAGCCAAAUAUUGCCAACUUUGCAGUAAACGUCAAUACUGACACUGAGAAGGGACAGUCAGUGCAUUCAGCUAUACAUGUGGACGAAUCAUUUCGUGUGAUUGAUAGAAAUGCUCAAUAUGAUCAAACAACUGCCGUAGGUUCAGUCAAGCAAAAGAGUAAAUUAUCUGCUGCACUAGAGUCCGAAAAGGUCAUGUACAAGCCAAAUAAUGCCAACUUUGCAGUAAACGCCGAUACUGACACUGAGAAGGGACGGUCAGUGCAUUCACCUAUACAUGUGGACGAAUCAUUUUGUGUGAUUGAUAGAAAUGCUCAAUAUGAUCAAGAAGACGACAGGUUGUGCUUGCAUCUGUCAAGUUUUGAAAUGCCAGCAAUCAAACCUCUGGCAGAAGGAAUUAGCAGUCCUUUAAAAGGUGACAAUGGAGAUGAUAAUCAUGUUGAGACCAAUUCAAGAUCACAAACAAAGCCAAAUUUAAAUUUUGAGAACAAGAAAUUAAAGUCAGAAGCAUUGUUGUCACAGCUUGAGGCUGGAAUCACGGCGACCAAUAUGGUUAGUAGACCAGCAGAGGAUUUUCCACCGCUAGCAGAGGAUAUUCCACCGCGGGGUCCAAAAUAUAGGAAUUCCAAAGAAGCAUUUCAGUUUCCUAGGGAAGCAAGAGUAGUCAAGAAAGAAAUAGAGGAUGUACCAACAGAAGCAUUUUUUCCUGCUAGAGCAAUAUACGGAGGAGAGUAUGCAAAUGGUAAUCAAAAAGUCAUCAAAAGUGAGCCUGCUGAUUCAGGAGAUGCACCAUCCCUAAAUGCAGUCAACUAUUCAUGUUUACUGGAGAUCGAUGGCCAAGAUUUUCUGGAAUUACCAGAAUCCUGGCGAAAACAUCUACCGAAAAAGGCAAAGCAGGGAAGGAUGAUUAUUUUUCUCAGAGGACCGGAUAAAAGAAUCUGGCCUGUCUUUUAUCAUAGCAGAUCACGUUUUAAUGUUUUGACAUUUGGAUGGAAACAAGUUGUUGCAGCUUAUGGCCUGAACCCAGGAAAUGAAUGUCUUUUUCAACUUGUAGAUCAGCGGGAAUGUAUAUUUGAUGUACGCAAAAUAUGAAAGUUCAGAAGAUACCAAAAGAACUAGUUGGGCACCUUAAGCAGUCACAGGGCGAAUGAAAGAGGAGCUCUGUCAUUCUCUUAUUUUUGGUUUUUGAACUACUUUAAACUGUUGCCUUGCUGGUUCAUAUCCUAUUUUUGUACUAUCGUUUUGAUGCUGCACUUUAUGUGCAAUUAUUACUCUUAUCCUCUUCACAAAUUAUCAUUUUAUCAUCGACAAACUGUUAACGAUGGCCCAAUCACUGAUCCACGAGGCCCAAUUGCUGAUAUAAAGAUAUCCAAAUCCGGAAAGCCCACUUGAGUAUUUUUUUCACACAUUGUAUUUUUAUAUUUCUCAUUUAAUAUGUAAAUAUAUGCACCUUGGACCAUUCGAGAAAGUUUCAGUUGAAUAAGAAAAUGAGAUAUGUUUCUCUC